GAACUUUUCUUUUGCUCUGUGCUUAUUAAUUUCAAUGAGCUGGAUAUAGAAUUUUUAUGGGGAUUAGAGGGCCACAAUAGCAUGAUCUCCCAGGCAUGUGUUAAACUCAUCGUUGAUACAUGCUAUGAAGGCUUUGGGUAUGUAUCCCCUAUGAAAGGUGUCAGAGAUCGACAACAGCUGCUUGUCAUGGUUACACAGGCACUUACUGAUCCUAAAUUGGAUCUGGCUCCAAUCUUUACCGAAGAAGUUCUGAGUGGUGAGAAUGGGGAGGGUGAAGUUGUGCAGCCACCAGAAAGAUCUUUCGGGGCUAAACAUUGGAUGUAUUUCAUCCCUCUUGGACUCAUAGUCAUGAAUACCAUAACCCAAGCAAUGAAUAUGCCCGAGGAACAAGCUACUGGUCAAUCAGCAUCACUAGCACAUCCAACUGCAGCAAUGCAGCGCGCAUCGAAUGCUGCAGUGCUGUUUGGAUUGGAAGAAACGAAGCUCAAACCCAAAGUUGCUAUUUCCUGCUUGGCUGUUUCGAUCUGGCACUGUCUUUAUGGUUAGUGGAAAUAUCUGUACUCUUUCUGAAUUUGUCUCUUAUCUUCUAUGUAUACCCUUAGCAUACCUAGGGAAACACCUGUAUAUCUCCAAUGGUAAAAUUUUGCGUUACAAUUAAAAAGGUUUAAUGUAAGAAAUGAUCCCUUUUGAAGUGGGGAUUUCUACUUUGCUUCACUGUUUCUCAAGGAGUUAAGUUUUUUGUGUUGGUGAAUUGUAUUCUAUAUAUUGUUUUUUGUUUUAUUGUUAAUUGUGGUUCAUUCUAACCUUGUCUUUAAUUAUUCUUAAAUUAGCUGUGGAUAGUUUAUCGUUUUUCAAUUUGAUUCAAAGUCCUCACAUAAAAGAUCAGAUAACACCAAGAUGGCAAUUUGAAUUUUUGUAGACUUCCACAAAAGCAAUUAUUAAUUUCUGUUUGUCCAUGAAUUUAUGACAGAUUAUUCAGUUUCUGAUGAGAUAUUAAGGAUGAGUUGUGUGUGUCUAGAGUUCUUCUUUCUUUCUGAUGCUGGGUGACUGAGUGCAAUAGGGGGAAUCUAGAAGCAAAAUCUGCAAGGAUGGUUUCAAAUGGGGGUUUUGAUUUAGGUGUUCUCUGUUCUCUCUGUAACAAGCCUUUUGAUCUCCUUCUCUAAUAGUCUCACACAAGAUGGUAAAACAAGAUCUGUCUAAAUUAAAAUAUUUAAUAAAUAAUGAAUCUUUGAACCAUAGAAAUUGACAUUCUUUUUCUUUUUAUUCUUGCAUAUAUAUGGUUUGGUAGAUGACAAAUAGAUUUUCCUUUGGGAGCUUUGCUGUGACAAAUGUGGCCAUCAGCAGAAAAAAUCAAUGGAAGAGAAUCUUUGAGCUUAUGUUUUGUUCCUUUUUUAACCUCUUCAGUCUUCUUUUAUUAGUUUCUCAUCUCUUCUACUAUGGCUUUUGGUGAGCUUAUGUUUUUGUUCUUUUGUUUCACUUCAUUCUCUUUUAAUUAAUUUCAUUGGUUUUU